AUGCAAUCCAUAAGCAGUGGUUGAUGCAACCGCCUCACAUAACCAUGUUUUUUUCAAAAAGUGAUUAAAAUUUCUGGUCUACUUUCCUCAAAAAAAACCAAGUAUGACUACUUAAGGUAGAAUUCGUUCUCUUUAAGGUGGUGAUGGAAGGCAGCACAGUAUGGCCUUGCUCCAGCAUGUGUUCGAUGGUGCGGAGAGGGAAGUUAAGGUCAAGCCUCAUGGAAACGCCAAAAACGGCAAGCCAUAUUAUCGCACUUCGGAAUUAACCAAGAACCGGCUGGAGGAACUCGCUAAAAAACAUCCCCCAAAGGAAGCUUUCCAUAAGAACCUUGAAGAAAGUGGUGGAAUUUUGAAG